AUGUCGAGCAACUGGAACACGGACGACGUCACAACCGGCAACGAAUACAUACCGAAAGCGUCUGGAAACACGUUCAUCGGACUCGAAGACGUCAAGUACGACGCGAUAUCCGACGUCGACAACGAUUCCGAAGAGGAAGCCGACGUCGACGAUGAAGCUGACAACGAAGCGUCCAAGUGCUCAUCUUCAGAAGAUGUGAGUUGAAGAAAUUUUGGAAGGUGACUCUAGUUGGCUUCAUAACAUUCAAGAGCUACUCCUAAGAUAAGAGACAAUAAGAAAAGCCGGAAGGAUCACAGAAACCUAUCCUCCAGCACCUUUCAAGCCCCAAAGUAGUUACUACUAGCCAUUUUCCUGAUAUAUAUAUAGUCUGUCCGGCGGGACUUGACAGUUUUCGCGUGUCUGGGUCUCUCAGUUCUCUCACCGGCGAGGUCUCAGAAGCGCGAAAAAAGCGCGUCAACAAAAGAGGGACGUCGAGAGACGAGAAGGGCGCAGAGAAGAUUCGCCCUUUCAAGACGCGAAAACCGACUAUAUAAUAUCCUCAGUUACAGUCCGCGAAAAGCCCUGAACAACACUCGGACGGCGGCUCAGAAGUCCGGGACAACGAAUCAAAGCGGAAAGAGAGUAACGGCGCUCAUAGAAGCAGACGGAGAUCCAAUAAGAGUCGCAGUAGGUCGAGAAGGUUGGAUUUUGAUGAACAGAUCAUUCCUAUAACACUCCCUUUCAAUACCACAUUUUAAAUCAAAUUUAAUAAGUUGCAGUCCACCGCGACGAAAACGCACCCGACGCGUCAGCCGCAGCAGCAGCAGCUCUAGCCGCGGCACUUACGACGGAUUCGAGUAGUUUUCUGCUGUCCCAUAUAUUUAUAUAUUUACACAUGUACUGCUAUUUUCUACAAUACUUUUGUUAAGCUUUUUUUGUUUGAAAAGCUGUAAGUUUUGAAUGAACUGAAAAAAAAGUUUUCAAAUAUUGUCACUUAUCAAAAUUCAAGCAUUUUUCAAGGAGAAGAAUGUUUCAGUGUGAUCCUACCGGAAGAAGAUUGUCCUUAUGGGUGUAAGAAAUGUCAUCGAGGGUUCUACACGAUUCGCGAGCUUGCGGAGCACGAAAUUCGGACUCAUGGUGGUAGUAUCCCGUGCUCCGAGUGUCCUAGGGUAAUCAGGCUUAUCCUUGAGAUCAUCCGUUGAAAAAUACUUUGAACAAAGGUUGAAAAAGUGAGAUCUCGGUAACGCGAGUCGGACGUGUCGGGGCAUUACUAGACCCCGCUUUAGUAGCGUCAGCACUCUUAAGUGAUCCCUAGAAUUGCUCAGAAACGUCCAGAGCACGUUCGUUUCACGUUACCAAUGUCCGAGUGAAUCACAGAAGAAAAAAAAUAUUCAGCCAGAGACGUUAGCUCAAUAAUAUGCACUAAUAUAGCUGACUCACGGCUGGCUUUAGCCAUCGGAAAAAGGUCCUGACACGAUAAGAAAAAAGACAGCGAGAGGCCACGCCCCUUUCCAAGCUAGCCGUGAAUCGGCCAUACUAACUUUUCCACAUUCAAACUGUUCAGUCGACGACAAGAGCCCUCAAUUCUAAGAUCCCUAGAUACUCAGGUAACCGAGUCGGUGACCAAGCUGGCGGCUCACGUCUUAUUCCGCCACCCAAACGACCCGGUCAUCUGUCGGUACUGCCGAGAGGAGUUUGGCAAACGAGCCGAAGACUUGGACGAGCGAGCCUGGACCGAUUUCCGACAGCAUGUGUACAAGGUAGCUCAACGCAAAAAAGAUACGAUAAUGGGUAAACCUCUCUGAAUGGAUUGAUAUGUCUAUCGUGAGGACUGCAGUGUACACUACCGCUUGACAUGAGGGUAUACCUCAGGUGCUACGACAAGAGUGAAUUUUCCAUUUGCGAAGGGUACUGUAUGCGAAUAUGCGCAUUGCGUGCAUACACUUUGCGUGUUUACACUUUCGUUGCGUGACGUCACCGGGUCAAACAUCUCCGGGUUUUUUGUUUCCGAGUUUUUUUUCGAAUAUUUUUGAGUAUUUUUUUGCACUUUUCUCGAUGAUAUUUGCACGAUAAAAAACAGUAUCAAGAAAAAAAAAUUGAAAACUGUUCGAAAAAAAAACUCGGAAGCAAAAAACCCGGUGACGUCACGCAAGGAAAGGGUAAACAAGCAAAGUGUAUGCACUCAAUGCGCAUAUCCGCAUACAGUACUCCCCGAAAACGGAAAACUCGCUUUUGUCGUAGCACCAUACCUCAAACUCAUAGCUAAUAGCAGAGUUAUACCCCUGGUACCGUUUUUAGGGUACAGACAGUUCAAUAUACCCGAGUAUCGCAAUAGAUUUUCACGAGUUACAAGAACUGAAAACGAAGACGAUUUGCAGGAAGCUUUGAAGAAAAAAGUCUACGAACACAACUCCCGAGCUUCCAAUAACUCUUCGAACGGCGCCGCUCUCCGUGGAGUUGGCCGGUGUCCCCAUGGCGCUCCAGUCAAGUGCAAGUACGUAACUUUAGUUGGAGUUUUGAUGUAUCCGAUUCGAAACGUUCGACAGUUACAUGAUAUACCGGGCUAGAAAGCUCUUAUAGUCCAGUAUAAAUAUUAUAUUUAAUAUCUGAACUUCCAGAAACUUCCCAUCAUGCCCUGGGGCCAAGUGCAUCUAUUCCCACGGUCAGUGUCGCUACGACUCGACUUGCAAUAAAUCGACAUGUCCUUUUGAUCACUCGCAUCGGCCCAGAACUUGUAUGGCGUGUGUCAAUGAUUUGAAGGUAUAUUAUCGACAAUAUGAGUUACGAAAAACCCUCUUUAUUGGGAGGGAGGUUCUAUGACAUUUUCAGCCUACCCUUUUUUUAAUGUCACAACUAUUUCGGAACCUUUGUCACCAUGACAUUUUUAUGGAGCCUCUUUCCACCCUUUCUGAUUUUGCCUAUGAAGUAAAAAAAGUGCUAUUUUAUCCAAAAUAGCUUGAUUUAUUCUUAGAAGACUUAAAAAAAAUCUUAAAUACACUUGUUACCAAAUUUUCAGCACGACAAGCGCCGCCGCUGA